GUGUGCAGCGAGGAGUUUGCGUGCCCGGAGCUGGAGGCGCUGUUCCGCACCUACACGCUGCGUCUGGAGCAGGCGGCCACGCUGAAGGCGCUAGCGGUGCUCAGCCUGCUGACUGCUGCGCUGGCGCUGGCUGAGCUGCUGGGCGACCCCGGGCCCGCGCCCAGCCUGGCCAGGGCUUCCCACCCUGUGCACUGCAUCCUCUUCCUUAUGCUUUUCGUGGUCACCAAUGUCAAGUACUUGCAGGUGCCCCAGCUGCACCAGAUCGGCAAGCUCACGCUCCUCUUCAGCCUCACCUUCGCGUUAUUCUGCUGCCCCUUCGUGCUGGGCGGUCCCACCAAUGCUCGUGACACAGGGCCAGCAGCUGCCCAGCAGGGUGUCUGGCAGCUUCUUUUGAUCACUUUUGUGUCCUAUGCCUUGCUACCCGUGAGUAGCCUCUUGGCCAUCAGCUUUGGACUCGUGGUGGCCGCAUCCCACUUGCUGGUCACCGCCACCUUGGUCCCCGCCAAGCGCCCACUUCUCUGGAGGACGCUCGGGGCCAAUGCUCUGCUCUUUGUCAGCGUGAACAUGUAUGGGGCCUUUGUGAGGAUCUUGACUGAGCGCUCCCAGAGGAAGACCUUCCUGCAGGCCCGUGACUGCAUCGAGGACAGGCUGAGGCUGGAGGAUGAGAACGAGAAGCAGGAACGGCUCCUGAUGAGUCUCCUACCCCGCAACGUUGCCAUGGAGAUGAAGGAGGACUUUCUGAAACCUCCUGAGAGGAUUUUCCACAAGAUUUACAUUCAGAGGCAUGACAACGUGAGCAUUCUAUUUGCGGACAUUGUGGGCUUCACAGGGCUGGCGUCCCAGUGCACUGCCCAGGAGCUGGUGAAACUCCUAAAUGAACUCUUCGGGAAGUUUGAUGAGCUAGCCACGGAGAACCACUGUCGGCGUAUCAAGAUCCUGGGGGACUGCUACUACUGCGUGUCAGGCCUCACCCAGCCAAAGUCUGAUCAUGCCCACUGCUGUGUGGAGAUGGGGCUUGACAUGAUUGACACCAUCACAUCUGUGGCGGAGGCCACCGAGGUGAACCUGAACAUGCGAGUGGGAUUGCACACAGGCCGAGUGCUCUGUGGGGUGCUGGGCCUACGCAAGUGGCAGUAUGAUGUGUGGUCCAACGACGUGACCCUCGCCAAUGUCAUGGAAGCUGCUGGUCUGCCAGGGAAGGUUCAUAUCACAAAGACUACCCUAGAAUGCUUGAAUGGAGACUAUGAAGUAGAACCAGGUUAUGGACAUGAGAGGAACAGUUUCUUGAAAACUCAUAAUAUCAAGACAUUUUUUAUUGUGCCAUCUCAUCGGAGAAAGAUCUUUCCAGGCCUGAUUCUUUCAGAUAUAAAACCAGCUAAGAGAAUGAAGUUCAAAACCGUUUGCUACCUGUUGGUGCAGCUUAUGCACUGCCGGAAGAUGUUUAAGGCUGAGAUCCCUUUCUCUAAUGUCAUGACUUGUGAAGACGAUGAUAAGAGAAGGGCAUUGAGAACAGCUUCAGAAAAAGUCAGAAACCGGUCAUCUUUCUCUACCAAUGUUGUCUACACCACGCCUAGCACUCGUGUCAACAAGUACAUCAGUCGUCUCUUGGAGGCCCGGCAAACAGAGUUGGAGAUGGCAGACUUGAAGUUCUUCACCCUGAGGUACAAGCACUUUGAACGAGAGCAAAAGUAUCACCAGCUUCAAGAUGAAUACUUCACCAGUGCUGUUGUUCUUUCACUCAUUCUAGCAGCCUUAUUUGGCCUUGUCUACCUUCUUAUAAUCCCACAGAACCUGGUGGUCCUGGUCCUGCUUGUGUUUAGCAUUUGCUUCUUGAUGGCAUGUAUCAUGUAUCUGCAUAUCACACAAGUCCAGUGUUUUCCAGGGUGCCUGACAAUUCAGAUCCGUACCACUUUGUGUAUUUUCAUUGUGGUCUUGAUCUAUUCAGUGGCCCAAGGAUGUAUGGUAGGCUGCAUGCCUUGGGCCUGGACCAGGAGCCCCAACAGUUCCCUGGUGGUCCUCUUACCUGAAAGCCGAAGCACCACAUUGCCUGGCCCACCCUGCACCUUGGUGCCCCACGCUCUGCUCUGCUGCCUUGUGGGCACCCUCACACUUGCCACCUUCCUGCGUGUCCCCUCCUGGCCCAAGACACUUCUCCUGCUAGUGCUCACCAUGCUGUCCAUCUUUGUGCUGGGGCUCAGCGGGCCCGUGGGAGCAGCUGGGGGCCUUGCCAUGUCCUUGCAUAGCUACGAGCCUUUCCUGGCUGUCCUGCUUUUCUCCUUCGCACUGGGCCUGCACUCCAGGCAGGUGGACCUCAAACUGCGGCUGGACUACCUCUGGGCUGUGCAGGCAGAAGAGGAGCGUGAUGACAUGGAGAGAGUCAAACUGGAAAACAAGAGGAUCCUCUUCAAUCUCUUGCCAGCCCACGUAGCCCAGCACUUCCUCAUGUCAAAUCCCAGGAACAUGGACCUCUACUACCAGUCGUACUCACAAGUUGGUGUCAUGUUUGCUUCCAUUCCCAAUUUCAAUGACUUCUACAUUGAACUAGAUGGCAACAACAUGGGGGUAGAAUGCCUGCGCCUCCUGAACGAGAUUAUCGCAGACGUCGAUGAGCUCAUGGAGAAAGACUUUUAUAAGGACUUAGAGAAGAUAAAGACGAUUGGGAGCACGUACAUGGCGGCUGUGGGACUGGUGCCCACAACAGAGGCCAAGGCUAAGAAGUCCAUCACCUCCCACCUCAGUAUACUUGCAGACUUUGCCAUCGAGAUGUUUGAUGUCCUGGAUGAAAUAAACUAUCAGUCUUACAAUGACUUUGUCCUCCGUGUGGGUAUCAACGUUGGCCCUGUGGUGGCUGGGGUGAUUGGAGCUCGGAGGCCUCAGUAUGACAUCUGGGGCAACACAGUCAAUGUGGCCAGCCGCAUGGAUAGCACCGGAGUCCAGGGCAAGAUUCAGGUAACUGAGGAAGUUCAUCGACUGCUGAAAGGGUGCAACUACCAGUUUAUAUGCCGUGGAAAAGUCAGCGUCAAGGGCAAGGGGGAGAUGCUGACCUACUUCCUAGAGGGAAGGACUGACGGAAGCAGCUCCCAAAUCAGGUCUUUAAAUAUGAAUCGGAAAAUGUGCCCUUACAGGAGAGCUGGCCUUCAGACAAGACUGGCCCCCAGCUGCCCACUGGUGCCCAGUGUGGCUAGCUUCUCAGUCCAAGUUGGGCCAGGGGCUCUUCAGAACACAGGGCCCCCCUCACAGCCCACUCACCAGUACCCCCCCUUCGGAGUAGCUGUGAAGGAAGCUUAG